CACGGUUCAAGCUUUGUUUGGAAAGAGACGACCAAAACAGUGCAGUAAACGAGUCUGACCCCGAUGCGUCACGGCCGACUCUGUUUCUGACAGUUUCACAAUCUAAUGUAGUAUACUUUUGUACAAAAGUGUUUUAACAUAGUACGAUCAAGAUGACAGUGACUUCGUUUUUAUCAACAAGUAGGUAGCGAAUACCGAUCAUGACCGAAGUGUCGGCUUGUUUGGGUGCAAAGCAGCAGCGGAUGGCUAGCGAUAGACGGGUCGCACACACGGAGCCCUCACACCCUGCUCUCACCUGUGGCUUUACGGAGCAGUUUUAAUCUCUAUACGCGAUGGAAAGCGUUGGAAAGUACGAGUUCAGCAGGAAGGACUUGAUAGGACACGGCGCUUUUGCUGUGGUGUUCAAAGGAAGACACAAACAGAAACAUGAUUUUGAAGUGGCGGUGAAAUGCAUCAACAAGAAAAACCUCGCCAAAUCACAGUCGCUCCUAGGAAAAGAAAUCAGGAUAUUAAAGGAGCUGAAACAUGAGAACAUUGUCAGCUUACUGGACUUUCAGGAGAUAUUGGGAUGUGUCUAUCUUGUCAUGGAGUACUGCAAUGGAGGAGACCUAGCCGAGUAUUUACACUGUAAGUACACUAGCCUCAUUUCAGCAAGUACUCCUCAGGAACUGCGGCAGUUCUAUGAAAGACACCGGAGCCUGAGUCCCAGUAUUCCACGGGAAACCUCCAGUCACCUCAGGCACCUUCUACUUGGGUUGCUGCAGAGGAUCCAUGGGGAACGCAUGGACUUUGAUGAAUUUUUCCAUCAUCCUUUCCUGGAGGCCAGUACAUCCAUGAAGAAAUCUUCUCCAGUGCCCAUGCCCACCUAUCCCAGCUCUACCUCUGGGAGCUCCAGCAGUGGUUCUUCAACCUCUCGCCUCACUCCUACUCGGUCUGAAACUGAAGCUCCAAGGCCCCUCCCUCAAACGAACCCCACACCAUCUCCAGGUUCCCUGCUCAAAGACUCAUCUUCCUCAGAGUCUGAUGACUUCAUAAUGGUGCCAGCUCAGUUCACCAGUGAACUAGUGAGUGCAGGAGGGCAGGAGUGUCUGAUGCGCAGCGGAAGCUCAGUGCCAGGUGUGGGUCGGACACCAUCAUCCUCCCCAUCUGUCAGAGCCUCUCCAAGCCCUUCCAGGCCUCUGGAGUCAUGUGUCAGUAGUUACGCUCAGUCUGUGCCUGUUCCAGUGCCGACGCAAAAACUCAACUACCAGAGGAUGGAGCAGAACCUACAAGUGUCUGACAGAACAGCAGCACCUGUACAACACGUGCCAACAUGUGGGAGAACCGGGUAUCUACCAUCCCCACAGGUGGGAAAUGUUCCUGAAACACCCAAUCAGCCUGAACCUGUUGGCAGUAGGACAGGGUUGCAUGCUGCAGAUGUGUGUAAACAGCCUGGUCAGGUCUCUCCUCUCUUCACUGAUAUCACAGCCAUGGACAAAAACCAAACCCACAGACUCAGGGGUCAUCGACACAAUCCAGAAUCCGUCGUGCACAGAACUCCAAGUACAGUGCUGGUUCAGAGAGGCCUGAUCACCCGAAACAAAACCAUGUCUGACCUAAAAGAUCUGGCACUGUACCCGGCUACAGGGCCCCGUGUGCCACUUCUCAGGCCAGCGGAAAGAAGGGACACAGUCAAAAGGUCAUUAAGUACCGGCCGUCUCUCAGAUAAGCUGCUGAAGGCUGUGUUUGGACAUCAGUUUGACAGGGGCAGCUGUGAGAGCUUAAAUUCAGAGAAACCCAUGGACACAACAGCACCCCCUGGAGGCAGUGAUGGCACAGAGCAGGGCUCAGGCAGUCCUGCUGGAGUUGUGUUCAUUCUGGGCUCUCCUGAAUAUGGACACACACCUCCUCAUGCCACUCGACCUAGACGCUUCUCAGUGGGCACUCUCAGCCCAACAAGCCCUGGCUGGACCUACGGUCAUGUGCACGAGGCUUACAGCUCGCCUGACAGUCUGCGCUAUGGUUACACAGAUGCCAUGGCAACAAACCUAUGCGAGGGUGUGGCCUUUGUGCCACCUGAACUGCCAGAGGAGACACUUAUGGAGGAGGGGCAUACGGACUUGCUGAGCCAACUGCGCUUCAUUUUAGCCUUUUCCCACUGCAUCACAGAGAUCGCUAGAACAAAGGACAGUGGGAUUGAAAGGAAUAUGGCAGUUGAUGCUUCAUUCUUAGAGCAGAGUGUGGUGGCCGACCAGGUCAGCCUGCUGAGCCAUGAGUGGAGCUCUGCAGAGCAGCUGGUCCUCUAUAUGAAGUGUGCUGAGCUGCUGUCCUCUGUGCUUCACACAGCGAUGGCUGGGAUCAAAGAAGGCAAACUCUUCCCAUCAGGAUCUGUUAAACAAGUAGUACAUAAGCUGAACGAGUUGUAUAAGAAGAGUGUGAACUCCUGCCGUUCUCUCACUGAGAAACUCCAGCUCUUCAUCAGCAGUAAACAAAGAUUGAUGGACCGCAUCAACAGCAUUACCGCUGAGAGACUCAUCUACACACACACCAUUCAGAUGGUACAGACGGCAGCACUGGAUGAGAUGUUUCAUCACGGAGAAACCUCUGUAGAGCGAUACCAUAAGGCCUUACUGCUGAUGGAGGGCCUGUCCUUAAUUAUUACAGAGACUGCAGAUCUAAACAGUAUCAACAAAUGUAGACAGUGUAUUGAGCGGCGGCUCUCCUCCCUCCAGCCCAAAGGAUGUGUGUGAUGAAACCAACAACAACUACAUCUCAUUUCAUCCCAGUUGCCUUUUGAAAUUCUGUAAAAGGAAAAACUCAUACUCGCUCAUUAAAAAUGUGAUACUUGGCUUCCAAAGCCAGAAAAAAGGUGAGAAAAGAUGUUUUCAUAAUAGACAAAGAUGAAAUCUCUAUUGAUAUAUGUGUAUAAACAGAAGCAACAUCUAUGAAUUAAACAUCUAUUUUGUUCACUGUCAAAGAAUAUUGAGUGAAACAGAAUCAAGAUGGCAUCAUUGGUUGAAUAGAUGUCUUGUUUAAAUGCUUUGACCUCUGAAUCUACACCAAUGCAUGAUGGAACUUAAUAAGAGAUUAAUUUAAUCUUAGUACUACAAUGUUAAAGCCAGUGUUGGAGUCUGAAUGAGUAACAGCUUGGAUGCGUUUCAUUCAGUCGUACCAAAACAUGCCCGUAGCAUUAGUCUUAUGAAGUUACAUGGAAUGAUCCUGCUUUUGAUGGACUUAUUCUGCAUGUUUUUUGCAUGGUUCUGAGGAAAUUAUAGUUAUCGGCUGUAUCUGAAGGGAAUUCAAAAUAAUGAAUAAUAAUUCAACUUCUGUAGCAACCAAACCGUUGUUGAAAUAGCAGUUGGCGGUGGAUGUGUAGUAUUCAGUGUUACAUCUGUAUGACUCUAAUGUGGCAAUUGACCAAAAUUGUGGCAAACCUUUGUUGACCUAUUGAUAUAGACUGUCAGUUUCAUAUGUUGUCAUAUGAAGAUGGGAAAAAAUACUUGAGAUUUGAAUUAUAUGAACUAUCAUACUGUUAGUCAUACAGUGGUGUGAAAAGGUUUUUGCCCCCUUCCUGUUUUUAUUUUUAUUUUUGCAUAUUUG